AUGAAGACUACAAUAUUCUUUGUCCUAUUCAGUUUGUUUGUAAACUGUUUAGAGCCUACAGAAGCCCAGCGAGAUGUGCGCAUACCCCCUAUGAUUUCAUCCAUCUUUCCAGAAAAAUAUUACAUGCCUUAUAUCGCAGGUAAUAGGUGGAACAUGGUUAUCUACAAAUGUGACCAGUAUAGUGGAAUACCAGAACCAACAAUAAGUUGGCAGUAUUUUUUGAAUGGAGUUCUGCAACAUUGGAGUUAUGGAGAUCACCUGCAAAAAAGCUUCAAUGGAAGUCAACUGAAGCUCAAAUACAUUAAUCCUAAUGAGCAAUUUCAAUGUAAGGCAACUAAUAUAUACGGAACUGCACUUUCAACCAAAAUUCGAAUAUACCAAGCAGAGGGAGCCUCUUUUAACAUCUCAGUGAAAAGCAACCCCGUCACAUAUACUGCAAAAGUCGGAGAUCCACUUUUGGUACCAUGUCUAUAUAACAGUGAAGGAAUUCCAGAAGGUACUUUCUUCUGGAAAGUAAAAUCUGAAAAUGGAGAAAAAUCUGUGCCAUUGGAAGACAGAAUAUUUAUUUCUGAGAAUGGCAGCUUGGUAUUUUCCUAUGUGAAACUCAGUGAUGGUUUAAACAAGUUGUAUACCUGCAAUAUUGAGAAUAAAAUUUUGAACAUGGUUUUAUAUGGAAGUUGGACCAAAUUAGACAUACAAGGAGGUUCAGAUGUUCCUGAUAGUCCUGCCACUUUAAUAUACAGCACAAAAAAUUACACAGUGGCUGAAUAUAAGAAACCAUUCACGAUGCAAUGCAUUUUUGGUGGAAAGCCAGUACCAGAAGUUAAAUGGGAAAGGCCGUUCAGUAAUCAGUUCUCAAAUAGGUUUAGUAAAAAUAGAAAUAAUGAAAUGAUAAUUAGCUCUGUAAUGGAAGAUGAUGAAGGUGUUUACAAAUGCACAAGUGAUCGGAAACUUGGUAAUCCCAUGACUAUCUCCUUUUUCAUUGAUGUUAAAGGUCCACCAAUCUGGGUAAAGAAGCCUAAGUCUCUACUAAUUGCUGAGGGCCAGGAUGGUGUGAUCCACUGUGAUGCCCGGCCUUUGAAAAACGAGAAACCUCUACAAGUGCCCAAGUGGUUUAAAAAUGGAAAAUCAUUAACCAUUAGUCCUGGUGGCAUUAAUGGCCGGACUGAACUCUCAAAUGAUGGCAAGACACUGACUAUCCAUGAUGCCCAAAAAAAAACUGAUAUCUGUAAUUACCAGUGUUCUGUUUCAAAUGAUCAAGGAGAAAUUUUUGCUGAUGCUGCCUUCAAUGUAAUUUUGAAUACCGAGGUUUUAGUGGCACCAGAAAGUCAGACAAUUGACAAAGGUGAAGUGGUCAUGUUUAACAUCAAAGCCAUUACUGAUCCAUUGAAAGAGAAAGUUAUGACAUACACUUGGAUGCUGAAUGGACGUAAAAUCGAAUUCUUGGAUCUCUACGAUAUUUACCUCUUGCAAAAUUACUCUCUGGUGGUGAAUACAACAGGAAUGGAUGAGAAUCGUUUCCAAGUUGUACUUGGAAAUUAUUCAGUAAGCAUUAAUAAUGGAGUGGAAAUUGUCACCAGGUACGCAUCCCUAAUGGGAUAUCCAAUGAAGGAUCCUGUUGUAUCACAGUCUGGCAUGGAUUUGCGAUGGAUUGCCCUUAUUGUAGCUGUGGUACUUUUGUUCAUCAUUUUUAUUCUUCUCCUCUGUGUAGUCUUUAAUCGGCAUGGUGGUGAUGAUUAUUCAGUGGAUAAAAAAGAACGGAAGGCAGGCCAUGACCCUGAAAAAGAACUUGCUGACAGUGGUUUUCAUGAUCUUCCCCGCGCAGACGACGACCCUGAUAAGCAAAAGCCAGAUAAUGUCUCAAUCUCAAGUACUGCCAAAUCUAUGGGCAGUGAGACAGACAGUAUGGAAGAAUAUAGUGAUGCUGAUGCUGGCAUCCCUACUUCCAUUUACCUCCCUCCACCCUCUUCCCCACGCUCCACACACAUUCUUUCACUGUUACCUGAUUCGCCACCUGCUAGUUGCACUACAAAACUUUUGAUGAUGAAAUUUUCCGUCAGACUCGUUCAACAAAAGAUGAAAAAGUUAAGAGUGGGGGAAAAACAAAAACAAAUUUCUAACAUCCAGAGGGUUCAAAAAUUCUUUCCUUUCUCUCUCUCUCUUCUUUUUUUUUUUAAUUCCUUUUCUUUUCUUUUUCUUUUUUUUUUUUUUUUUUUUUUUUUUUUUUUUUGCAAAAAACAAAAAUAUCUACAAGACAUCAGCUGUCUGUCUUUCAAUUUUCUCCCUCGUCCCAGUCCUUCUGUAAUGUUCCCAACCUAA